GCGUCGGCCGGGGACUCGUGUCAUGUGACCUCACCGCUGGUUUGCUGAUCAGAACCGAGUUUUAGGUCUCAAUCUGUGUGCAGCACCUCGGCCAGCGCUCUUUUUCAACAGUGAUAGGAGCGUAGGAGCUCAUGCGGUCAGGUCAUCCAGAUAAAGGCUGAAGCAGGAAAGCAGAGGGACGGAGGCCGAGAUAUAUCAUUAAGUUAGAAGCUGUCGAUGCUGAGCCGUUUACCCUUGCUGCGUCGGGAUCCGUGAGGCUGGGAGAAACGACACCCGUUCACCCGCGAGUGCCACCCGACCCACCAUGAUGGCAUCAAGCGACGUGGAUGGCAGAGCAGACGGUUCUCUCUUCUCUGACCAGAACCCGUCAGAACUGGACGCUCUGUGUCCGUCUCCUCCUGGGCCAUCCAGACCCCAGCGGAACUACGAGCGGAUCGGGGGAAGAACAGGAACCUCUUUCUGUCAGACUCUGAUCCACCUUCUGAAGGGGAACAUCGGUACAGGUCUGCUGGGCCUGCCUCUGGCUGUGAAGAACGCCGGACUGGUGCUUGGACCCAUCAGUCUCCUGGUUAUGGGAAUCAUUGCAGUCCACUGCAUGAAGCUCCUGGUGAAAUGUUCUCAUCACCUCAGCGCAAAGAUGAACCAACCAUCUAUGACCUACGGAGAGGUGAUGCAGUACGGGAUGGAAAACGUGUCGUGGCUGAGGAGGCAUUCACGAUGGGGAAGUCGGACGGUGAACUUGUUCCUCAUCAUCACUCAGAUCGGCUUCUGCUGUGUCUACUUCGUCUUCCUCAGUGACAACGUCAAGCAGGUUGUGGAAGCAGCCAAUGCCACCACCUUCAGCUGCCAGGUGAACCACACCAACCAGACGGAUGUCCUGGUUCCCAGUUUUGACUCCCGGAUCUACAUGCUCUUCUUCCUGCCCUUCUUCAUCCUCCUGGUUUUCACCCCCAACCUGAAGUUCUUGGCUCCCUUUUCUCUCCUUGCAAACGUGGUCAUGACCCUGAGUCUGGUUCUGAUCUACGUCUACUCCCUCAUGAACAUCAAGUUUCCUAUUGAUCUACCAAAGGUCGGCAGAGCCAAGGACUACCCUCUGUUUUUUGGGACGGCCAUCUUUGCCUUUGAAGGGAUCGGCGUGGUCCUCCCUCUGGAAAACAAAAUGCAGCGGCCGCAGAAAUUCACCCAGGUUUUGUAUCUGGGUAUGGGCAUCGUCACGUUCCUCUACAUCAGCCUCGGCACCAUCGGGUACAUGUGCUUUGGAGAGCACAUCGGCGGCAGCAUCACUUUAAACCUGCCCAACUGCUGGACGUACCAGGCAGUAAAACUCCUGUAUUGUUUCGGCAUAUUCAUCACUUUCGCCCUGCAGUUCUACGUUCCUGCAGAAAUCCUCAUCCCGCAGGUUUUGGCCCGCGUGUCGGAGAGAUGGCAGAAGCCGGUCGAUCUUCUUCUCCGCACCCUUCUGGUCAUCAUCACAUGUGCUCUCGCCAUCCUGAUCCCGGAGUUGGACCUCGUCAUCUCGCUGGUCGGCUCGGUCAGCAGCAGCUUCCUGGCUCUCAUCUUCCCGCCCAUCCUGGAGAUCUUAGCCUUUCACACGGAGGGUCUGUCGCCACUGGCGACCAUCAAGAACCUGAUCAUCAGCGUGGUGGGGCUGGUCGGCUUCCUCUUAGGAACUUAUAUCGCCGUCAUAGAAAUCAUAGCACGAAAUAAUGUCAAACACGAAGAGACAUUCCACACCUACAUGGUUCAGUAGGACAGACUGUUGGGCCUUUCAGGCCAGUUUAAACCGUUUUAUUUUAUGGUUUUAUUUGCUGCUGUUGUACAUCUAUUUUAAUGUAAUUAUGUCACAAAUGUACGAGUGUCACGUUAAAUUAAUUACAGCCAUUAGUUCAGUCCAAAAGUCAUUAUAAAUACCUGAAAGUAGAAGAUUUUUAAGAGAUUAAGAGCAUUAGAGGUAAUUUAUCGUAUCCACAGCCUAAGAAUAUUCAUGUAAAUUCUCCAGUCAACGCAUCAAACUACCUCAAUAGUUGUUUUUGGUUUUAACUCCCAGACUCAGAGCUGAUUCUGAUUUUUUUUUCACCUCAACCCAAACGUCUUCAAGUUUGCAGCUUUGAGUGGCUUUUAAUCUCCAUCUGACAUCUUGACAGGAAGAAAGCCUUGAUAAAAGAAAAAUGCACUUUGAUUUAUGCCUUAUUGAAAAAACUGCACUACUUUGGCAGUUUUUGGUGACACAUUGAGCAGUUUAAAUUAAAAAAUUAUGUUUUCAGAACAGAUUAAGGGUUAUAAACCAAACCUCACAUUAUUUGUGCAGUAAUUGUGCUUUUUUAUCUUCGCUUAUCAAAUCCAUUGAUGUAUCUCUGGUCAGAUGUUUUUAAGCCAAAUUGUGACUGGGGGGAUAUUUGGAGAAUAUUUUGCACUCUGUAUAUAUCGAUGCAAAAUAUCCAUAAAAUGAAGUGACCUGAUGCUUACUGACUUAAAAAGAUGUAAUAUUUCCUCCAAUGCAAUAUUACCGUGUUGAAAUGUUGGUGAAAGUAAAGAGAAUUUCUUACCGCUGCUAUAGUUUAAAUUUUAUUUAGACUGAACAGGUGUUUUGGUUCCUUUUACAGUUCUUUUUUUUUCUAUUUGGGAUUUGGACCAUUGAAUGUUCAGCAAAACCAUCACAUCUUGAGCUUAUUCUAGGUUUAAACUCUGAACUAUUCAGAAGCUUUUUGGUCCAAGCCACUUUCACAGCUGUAAUAAGAUUUUCAGAUGUGCAGUUUAUGCAUCUCAAAGAGAGUUAUUGUUCAACCAAUAACUCUCUCCUGUUAUUUAUCUGGGUUCACAUUGAUUAUUAGACAUUUUCAGCCAAAAUCUAAAAAUAAUAAAAUCUCUAGUUAUCAUUAAAUGGAAAUCAUAAAGUAAGCAGUGAUACUUUCUGGGAUAACCAUGCAGCGUGACUCCUGCUGCGACAGACUUCUGAUUCUUGUCACCCUGAUAUGAACUUGUGCUGCCUCCUUUUUCUCCUCCUCGUUUUCUUACUUUCACCAUCUGACUCCAUCAAUAUGCACAUGAACAGCUGAAUCUUUCUUUUUGUUUAUUGAUGGUCUCUUGCAAUCAUUUUGCAGUAACUAUGUUGCCUCCAUAUCACUUCAAAGUUUUUUCAGAAAUGUUCCAGUUCUUUACUUUUAUGGUGAAAGUAAGCUUUUCGGCCUAUUUUUGUGCAAGCAUCAGUUGCGAUGAUUUUCUGCACUGUAAAUCUAAUACAUGCUUGAACCUUGAGCCGGCUGUGCUGUGCACCGUUUGCCCCACUCACAUCAGCCUCACUAACUCUCUUUAACUUUGAAAUGUUACAGGAGAUUCAUGAGGGGAAAAAAACUUGUCUUGAUGAAAAUGUAUGAGAAGGCAGUAAAAUUAUUUUGAAAAUCAACCUACAGGUGCAGGUUGUAAAAGAGUUCUCUAAAAUCUUGACAAACAAGGAUUUGAUCAGAAGACAGAUGAAAAAGCUCAAUGCCCUAUAACUGUAGAAUAAAUCUAGAUAUUAAUCCAAAUUGUUUCAGAUUUUGGGAAACAUGAUACUAAAUUAUGAAGUAGCUCUUCUGUGUCUUGAAAAUUUUUUUUGUUCUUUAUUUUUCAUUAUUUUUGUUUUAAUGUUUUUACUAAGUCUUAUUUUUUUAAAUAAAUUUUUUAUUAUUACUUGUACCUAACUUUCACAGGUUGGUUUAACUACAGACAGACUGCAUAUCAAAUAAUAAAAGAUAAUUUAUCUGCAAUGUCUGGCAGAUAAAAUGCAACAUGUACUGUAAGUCCACUGAACAGCUUCUGUACUGUUGUGCGUCUUCAGUGUUUAUGUAUCUGUAUCAACCAGCAAAAACCUUUCAGCUUUUCAUAGAAAAUUUUGGGAAAUCAAUUUAAAAAGUCAUAUCCACAUGCCUUAUGUGUGUAAAGCACUAUAACUUAUGUGUAUGUGUGUGAAUAUAUCACUUAUCUGUUGCAUAUGUAAAUAUUUGCUCAUUUGCAAAGGAAAUGUUUAAAAUAAAAUACCCAUUUAUCUUCUUCCUGGAAGGACUUGUGUGCUAAACGGGGAGCAGCAUUGAAAACGGUAAUAACUUCCCAAGGACUUUUUUUUUUCUAUCUGUAAUGUGGAGUAUUGUGAUAAUAAUCAUUUUAAAAUCUCUUCAGCAGAAAAUACAAAUGUCAGUGAAAUAAAAAUCUGCAUCUUAGCGAUGAGCUUGAAAAGGACUGAUUUUCACGUCUAUCUGCUGUACGGUUUUUAAAGAGAUUAAUUUUUUUUUCUUUUAGCACUCUGUAAGUUCUUCAUCCCUUUCGAGGAAUAAACAGCCUUGAACAACAUAA